AUGCCUCACAGCUACAAAAAGUUUAAUAACAUCAACGGCAACAACAACAACAACAACACUAACAACAGCGCUAACCGUCAUUUACAAAAAGUCAACACAACCAACAACGACGUCAGCAGCGACAAUUAUUACUACGGCCCAUGCAGAUCCAACGACUCUCCAACGACACCUCUACCACCUAUGGGCCACGCUUCACGAAUGAUGCUGCUUAGCAAGGGCAUAAAGCCGGAACCUAACUAUCUUCUGCUGGGGGAGGUGGAAAAGGAGUUGAGAGCUGUGAAGGAAAAAUCAAAAUUUGAAAAAACAAAACAAAACGGAUUUCACGAACCAUCCAACCAGCAACAACAACACAACCAGCAAAGCAAACAGCAACAUGAUAUUCAACAGUUAGAUGUUAGUAAUUUGUUGAAUGAAAUGAAAAUGUCAAAAAAGUGGCAAAACCUCAAUGUCAGUGGAGGCAACAAUUUGAACGGCAACGAUAACUUCAGCAACGUACCAACUCCAGAAGAUGGCAGGCAACUAAAUUUGCCCAAAAAACGUCAGGCACCACCAAUACCAGUUGAUAAAAAUAAUAGCAACAUCAGCAAUAAUUAUAGCAACAGAAAUGCAAGCGAAUCAAAACUUCAGGCAUCGUCUUUAAAUGUAUCAAGCCCAAAUUCACCGUAUCAGAACCCUUCAACCAAUCUAUUCUUAUUCCCCAACAACAACGGAAAGAGCGUAACGGUAACAGCAUCGACAGCUUCUGACGACAUAAGACCACACAUGCUCACAACCAGCACAACAGACCUGAGCAGUGCCCAAUCCACUUCGGCUAACAGUUUGUUUGACGAUUUCAGGAAGGGCAGCAGUUUCAAUCUUCUACAAAGUCUUGAUGAAUAUUUGAACGCGGCAGAAGUUGGCAAGUUGCAUGCCAGCGAAGGUGCAACUGUUGUUACUCCAAACGAAAUUAACAGUUUCAAUUACCCUAAUAAUUAUAACAGCAGUAACAAUCACAAUAAUUCUUAUAACAUUCCUUGGAACAAAAACUUCAAAAAUGGAGAUGAGUUGAAUUCUCAUCCAUUUACCCCGAGCACAACGAGCAACUAUUUACAUCAUACUGUUCAACCACAUGAAGGCAACAAAACUAGCACGCCAAUAACUUACCUCAUCAAAGACAAAACUAACAUCAUCUUUGAAAACAACAGCAAACAACAACACCUAGACGAAAACACAGACGUAGAUCUUUUGAACUUCAAAACGGACAACGGAAUUCCAAAAGAAGAUGGUGUGGAUGGAAUAAUGGGAAAUUUUGUCUUGAGAAGUAAAAGUAAAUUUUCGCUGGAUGGCGAGGUUGUUGGAAGUUCUACCAUGAAUGGAACGGUUAAAGUGAAGCCAUCUGAUAUUAAAAAGCACAGAAUUUGGUUGAAUUUGAAUCCCGGUUUGAAAGUCAACCAGCAACUGCCUCCCCACAGCGACAGGACAGACGACACCAAUAUCAACUCUUCAAAUCUUAGCUGCUACGACGUGUUGAACGAUUCUGGCUUUCACAACAACUACAACGACCACCACAACGGCAACAUGGACAGCAACGACUCCGACACAAAUUUUCCCAGGUGGUCUGGUUACCCAGCUUCGGGGAAAGUCACAAAAAUAACAAACAAGUACCGAAGUAGCUCAGCCACUGAGCUCGGAGUUAGACGAAAAAGUUGGGACAGCAAACUGGCAAACAAGCACACUGAUAAGUUCAUGAGGGAAACGAAACAUUACUGCGGUAGAAAUGUGGACAUUGAAGUUUGGUGGCUGAUCGUCAUCAUCAUGGUCUGCUUCUGCAUCGGCUUCAUCUGCGGCUUCCUUCCGGGAUGGUUCACACGCAAAUGUUGAUCGGAUUUUUGGAGCGCGCGUACACGUACAUGCGAAUCGAUUGAGAAUGCGGACGCUUCUUAAGAAGUUUCUACCUUUUGUUUGUCGGGAGAACACAAGCAAAUCUUUUGAAAUUUAUUUGUUGAUCAAUUAAACGAUAUUUUACAAACUAAUAUUUCACAGGUAAAAUUCAGGAACUCCUCACGUUUUAAAUAAAAAAUCGCCUUGUAGUGUAAUCGGACUAUAACAAUUACUCAACCGGUCGUUCACACAACAGUACAAUUUUUAUUUAUUUCUUCAAACUUUAUUACGAUUGUGGUGAAUAUGCUUUAUUUGUGAAAAUUUGAGUUUUUUUGUAACUGAUAAAAAAAAAACAUCUAGCAUACUGCGGCACACGGCGAUUGAAGAGACAAAAACGGAGCAUGAAGGAAAAACUUUCAAGGCAUUCCUAAUUCAUUUCAAAUCUUCGUCUAUAUCAGCAAUUACAUAACGGACGACUGUCGCGAUCUAACAUCAAAAACUAGCUGAAAAUUCCAAACAGAUCCAACAAUUUAAACUCCCAACAGAAAACAUUUAAAUACAAAUGAAAUUUUAUCCACAAACAAUCCAUUCAGUUGCAGAAAAAUUAAAUAUAAAUAAAUGAUCCCACAUAAGUUUAUUAAUAAUUUUCAAAAUGAAUUCAUGAAUUUUAUACAUUUUCAAUUUACAUAAUAGUAGCAUAUAAAAAAAUCAAACCAAAAAUAAACGAUAAUGAUAAUAAUAAAGUAACAUAAACAAUAAUGAAAAAAAAACCAUUUGCAGCCGCUCAAAUAGCCACGUAAGAACCAGAAAAGAGCAGAAAUAAUUAUAACAAACAGGAAUACUAAUAGCAAUAAAUUACGAAGAAGCUGCGUGCGUUUCAUUUUUAUCGGCGUUAAUAUUGUUGUUGAUUAUGUCACUAACAACAUGUUGAUGUUGUUGUUGUUGCAACGACUCGCCAGAGUUAACGUAAUUAUUAAGUAGCAAAUCUCUUUGCUGUUGUUGUAGUAAUAGUUGAUUACCGUCAAGAGGAGCUGUAGCCAUAUUUAGACCACCAAUAUUGCCGCCACUGUUACUACUCAACUUCAACCUUUCCAGCAAAUCCGAAGGGAUCAAAAACUGCUGUUGUUGUUGUUGGUCGCUUGACAGGGUGGGGUUGUAUGAAGGGAAUGACAUGUUGACACCUG